GAAUUUCGUUGUGGUGAAUAUUUUAAAUGGCAUCAUUCAAUUCAAACAAAUGAAAAAGACAAAGAGAUUUGAAAUGAUUCAAAUUUUUUUUUUCAAAUUCAUUUUCGAUUAAAUUAAAUGUUAUUUUAAUCGAAGCAAAAUUUGCUAUCUACUUUUAUAAAAGCUCAAAAUGUACUAUUCCACAGAAAUUAAAACAACAAUCUAGAGUUUCACCAGUAAAAAGAGUAUUUCCAUCGUUCAACUGUCUUCCGUUAGACGAUGCAUGAAACGAACUCAUUCGUUUUAAAUCAAACAAUACCAAAGCCUCAAGACAGUCGAAAAGUCAUAAUAAGCAGAGUCCGCGUUUUUUUCAGUAACCACUGCGUUUCGGAUAGUUCAAGCAACAAGACACUCCUAUAAAUUGAUAAAAAAAACUGAAAUAUUCAUCAAAGUGAUCUGUGCGAAAUUUGACAUGGUAAAGAUUGUGCUGCAAAUGUAUUAUUCGCUUAACUGCCUGGUAGAGUGAAGGUGUAUAGUGGAAAAAAUGUCGAACAAAGCGUGUGUUUUGUGUAACAGUACCGACGAUGAUGCACUCCAAUUAGGUGAAAAAAUUACCUGCGAAGACACAACAGCACAUUUAUAUUGUUUGCUGCUAACAUCGAAUUUGGUACAAAAUGGCGAGGAUGAUGAAGGAAUUUCUGGCUUCAUGCCAAAGGAUGUAAAAAGCGAAGUUUCGAGGACAAAAAAACUUUUUUGCUUUUAUUGCGGUGGAAAAGGAGCAACAAUUGGUUGUUGUUUGAAGUCAUGCCGGCGAUCAUUUCAUUUACCCUGUGCACUGCAGAACGACUGUAGGCUAGAGUUUACCAAUACAUUUCGUUCAUUUUGCCAUGAUCAUCAUGAUAUUAAAAAACCGAAUCAUGUCCAUAAGCCGACCGAUUUAUGCACGAUUUGCUAUGAUGAAAUGGGCAAAUACAAUCUGAUUCAAUCCAUCCCACUGCCUUGUUGCAACAAAAAUGCAUGGUGCCACAAAUUAUGCCUGCAGAAAUACGCUCAAACAUCGGGCUACUUCUUGAAGUGUCCGCUUUGCAAAGAUUCGGAUAACUUUCGAAAUUUCAUUGCUGAACGUGGUGUCUUCAUUCCAGACAGAGAUGCCAAAUGGGAAAUUGAUGACAGUGGACCAAACACUUUCUACGACUUUGAACAGCACACAGAACGACCGUCUGAAUGUGAGGCAAAAAUAUGUAAAUGCCACAAAGGUCGAAAAUAUCAGGUUGAUAUUGAAAAUGAUAAAAAUUCGCUGGUGUUUUGUCAUUAUUGUGGCUCGCAUGCCGUUCACCUGGGCUGUUUCAAAGGUAAAGAAUUCUUGUGCGAAGAAUGCACAACUAUUGUAAAUCGAGCCAAGGAAAAUGCUGCAAAUACAUCAUCGAACCGAAGUGAUCGAGAAACAAACAGUCGACGAUCAACUGCUAAUCACAGUCGUUCGAUUACACAAACGCCGAGCAUUGCUGGUGCAAGUGGUCAACGCUCUGAAAAUCGAUUCUGUGAAUAUUUACAAACUCAUGCACAUUUGGUAUCCAAAUUCAAAUUGCGGGAGUUCAGUAUCAACGUAAGGCGCCUAACGGCGGAAGACAUAGGUUUUACACUUGAGCCAAAUGACAGUGAAUAUGAGACAGCAAAUACGAGCUCAGAAACAAGCGAAUCUAGUGACAGUCAAACAGAUGACAACUCGAGUGAUGAGAAUGUCAACAAACCGGUGUCCCCGAACCAAAAAAGACUCAUGGUCUUUGCAACUUCGAAUAGUGAAAGCGAUACGGAGAGCGAGAUUGAAGUGAAACCAGCAAAAAGACAACGUCUUCUUCCUCGAAAUCAAUUCUUUGAUUCCGAUUCUGAUACCGAAAUGGACACAGGCACAAAGAUGGACAUUAAUGAUAACUCUACCGAUUUUAUCGUGAAUAAACAACCGGAACGGGAUUUUCUAUUUGGCUUGAGACUACGCCAAUUCUUGACCAGCGAAGAAGAACAAAUCCGACCAAGUGGUUCAAAUGUUCGAAAGCCGCAUAUCUCUGACAGUUCCGAAGAUCAAAACUGUGGCAAGGAAAACGAAAAACCAAUAAAAAGUAUCGCUGUUGUUCGGCCAUUUUCACGUUUCGAGACGUCGUCGGACGAAAGUGUUAAACCAGUUCGAUCAAAGGAUCGACCACGUCAACAAAUAUCAAGCAGUGAUGAAGCUCAUUUCUCACAAACUGCUGUACCAACCACCCCAAUGAAAGUGGAAGAAAUAUUAGGCGAAGCAUUAAAUACUCAUUCAAAAAUUAAUGCAACGAAACGAAGUCCGUUUAAAAAGAAACGUCGCACGGUCAUGUCAUAUUUCCGUCAAACAUCUUCUUCGGACGAGGAACCAAUUGAAUCGAAACCGAAGCGAAAAUCACCCAAAUCGAAACAACGACCAAUGCCAGAAAUAGCACCCAACCAACCGACCAUCAAUGAUUUUUUCAAAAAGCCACUUCAUAAAAGCAUGUAAAAUCGGAUUUUUUCCCCUUUUCUCCCCCUACGUUUAUUGUUAGUAACAAUUAACAACAGUUAGCAUGGUUUACAUCAAUGUUUCCGAAACAUUUUAUCAGCAGUAAACGAAGUUGAAUUGAUUUUUUCAUUUUUAAAAGGGCUUGCAACGAUUCAAGCAUUUUUUUUUUGAAUGAACUAACAUCGAAUCGUUCAACGGUUUUUUAUAUAUGCAUUUUUUGAAUAAUUUUACUCCAAGUUAAGCGAUGGUUUACUGAUCAUAAACUUCUAAGCACGUUAAUGAAUACUAAAUGUUAGUAGUAUAAUUGAACAGAAUACUUCUUAUCUUUUUGGUUAAAUAAAUAAAAAUGGAUGAAAAGAAUAAA